AUGAGGGUCGAUGAUGGCUCUCUUACUGAUCUAUGUCCUUGGUUGGACGAUUCCCUCACUAGAAAGGAAUUUAGAUGUGCCCUGGUGACGGUGCGUAAAAGGUCAGCGCCCGGUCUCGACCAGGUUAGCUUCGAGAUGCUUAGCCAGCUCCCCAUGGAAUAUGAUAAUCUCUUGUUGGAGGUAUUCAAUCUUAUCUUUGCUGAAGUCUCUUUUCCGGAGUCGUGGAAGAGUUCCCUCGUGGUUCUUAUCCCUAAAUCGGGUGGACAAUCCGGUUUUAGACCUUUCAGGUCAUAUGAUGACAACCUGGCUACUCUGGUCACCUCGAUUAGGACCGGUUUCUUAGACGGACAGCUUACAGUUGCCGUCUUUCUAGACAUAGAAGGAGCAUUUGACACACAUAUUUUCAUUGACGAUCUCAGGGAGCUGGGAGUCCCGGCACGAUUCAGAAAGUUUGUAGAGAAUUUAAUUAGUGUGAGAUCUCUUAGCUUCGUGGUCGAGGGGGAGCUCCAGGGACCAUUCUUCGCUCUGAGGGGCACGCCUCAGGGGUCCACACUGAGCCUUUGA